CUGGGUGGGGCAGACUGGGGCAGACUGGCUGGCUGGAGGCUGACCCAGGAGAGAGAGCUCAGGGGAGCAGUAUCACCGGGGCCAGAUUGAAACCGUUGUCCUUGCUGAGAAAAUGGCAGAGGCGGAAGCCGUCCAGCUGAAGGAGGAAGGGAACCAGCAUUUCCAGCGCCAGGACUACAAGGCCGCCAUGAAGAGCUACAGCCAGGCCCUGAAGCUGACCAAGGAUAAGGCCCUACUGGCCACGCUCUAUCGGAACCGGGCGGCCUGCGGCCUGAAAACGGAGAGCUACGUCCAGGCAGCUUCCGAUGCCUCCAGAGCCAUCGACAUCAACUCCUCCGACAUCAAGGCUCUGUAUCGGCGAUGCCAGGCCCUGGAGCACCUGGGGAAGCUGGACCAGGCCUUCAAGGACGUGCAGCGCUGUGCCACCCUGGAGCCCCGGAACCAGAACUUCCAGGAGACGCUGAGGAGGCUCAACACCAGCAUCCAGGAGAAGCUCCGUGUGCAGUUCUCCACAGACUCCAGGGUACAAAAGAUGUUUGAGAUCCUCCUGGACGAAAACAGUGACGCCGAUAAGCGGGAAAAGGCUGCCAACAACCUCAUUGUCCUAGGCCGUGAGGAGUCAGGGGCUGAGAAGAUCUUCCAGGGCAAUGGCGUGGCCCUGCUGCUGCAGCUUCUGGACACCAACAGGCUUGAGCUGAUGCUGGCUGCAGUGCGGACCCUGUCGGGCAUGUGCAGUGGCCACCGAGCCAGGGCCACGGCGAUUCUGCACGCGGUGCGGAUAGACCGAAUCUGCAGCCUCAUGUCCGGGGAGAACGAGGAGCUGUCUCUGGCCGUCUGCAACCUGCUCCAGGCCGUGAUCGACUCCCUGUCCGGGGAGGACAAGCGGGAGCAUCGAGGGAAGGAGGAAGCCCUGGUUCUAGACACCAAGAAGGACCUGAAGCAGAUCACCAGCCACCUGCUGGACAUGCUGGUCAGUAAGAAGGUGUCUGGCCAGGGCAGGGAUCAGGCGCUGAACCUGCUCAAUAAGAACGUCCCCAGGAAGGACCUGGCCAUCCACGACAACUCACGCACCAUCUACGUGGUGGAUAACGGCCUCAGGAAGAUCCUGAAGGUGGUGGGGCAGGUUCCAGAUCUGCCGUCCUGCCUGCCCCUGAGCGACAACACCCGCAUGCUGGCUUCCAUCCUCAUCAACAAGCUCUACGACGACCUGCGCUGCGACCCUGAGCGCGAUCACUUCCGCAAGAUCUGCGAGGAAUACAUCACGGGCAAGUUUGACCCCCAGGACAUGGACAAGAACGUGAACGCCAUCCAGACGGUGUCAGGGAUCCUGCAGGGCCCCUUUGACCUGGGCAAUCAGCUGCUGGGACUGAAAGGCGUGAUGGAGAUGAUGGUGGCGCUGUGCGGCUCGGAGCGUGAGGCGGACCAGCUGGUGGCCGUGGAGGCCCUCAUCCAUGCCUCCACCAAGCUCAGCCGGGCCACCUUCAUCAUCACCAAUGGCGUGUCGCUGCUCAAACAGAUCUACAAGACCACCAAAAACGAGAAGAUCAAGAUCCGCACGCUGGUGGGACUCUGUAAACUGGGCUCUGCGGGCGGCACGGACUAUGGUCUCAGGCAGUUUGCUGAAGGCUCCACAGAGAAGCUGGCCAAACAGUGUCGCAAGUGGCUGUGCAACGAGACCAUAGACACCCGCACCCGGCGCUGGGCAGUGGAGGGCCUGGCCUACCUCACGCUGGACGCGGAUGUGAAGGACGACUUUGUCCAGGACAUCCCUGCCCUGCAGGCCAUGUUCGAGCUGGCCAAGAGCAGUGACAAGACCAUCCUGUACUCAGUGGCCACCACCCUGGUGAACUGCACCAACAGCUACGACGUCAAGGAGGUCAUCCCGGAGCUCGUCCAGCUCGCCAAGUUCUCCAAGCAGCACGUGCCUGAGGAGCACCCCAAGGACAAGAAGGAUUUUGUAGACAUGCGGGUGAAGCGGCUUCUGAAGGCGGGUGUCAUCUCCGCGUUGGCCUGUAUGGUGAAAGCAGACAGUGCCAUCCUCACCGACCAGACCAAGGAGCUGCUGGCCAGGGUCUUCCUGGCACUGUGUGACAAUCCAAAGGACCGAGGCACCAUUGUGGCUCAAGGUGGUGGCAAGGCCCUGAUCCCCCUGGCCUUGGAGGGCACAGACGUGGGCAAGGUGAAGGCAGCCCACGCCCUCGCCAAGAUCGCUGCUGUCUCCAAUCCGGACAUCGCCUUCCCCGGGGAGCGGGUGUACGAGGUGGUGCGGCCCCUCGUGAAGCUCCUGGACACGCAGAGGGACGGCAUCCAGAACUACGAGGCCCUCCUGGGCCUCACCAACCUGUCUGGGCGGAGUGACAAACUCCGGCAGAAGAUCUUUAAGGAGAGGGCCUUGCCAGACAUCGAGAACUACAUGUUCGAGAAUCAUGACCAGCUGCGGCAGGCGGCCACGGAGUGCAUGUGCAACAUGGUGGUCAACAAGGAGGUGCAGGAGCGGUUCCUGGCCGACGGGAAUGACCGGCUGAAGCUGGUGGUGCUGCUGUGCGGGGAGGAUGACGACAAGUUGCAGAACGCAGCUGCAGGGGCCCUGGCCAUGCUGACAGCCGCGCACAAGAAACUGUGCCUCAAGAUGACCCAAGUGACAUCCCAGUGGUUGGAGAUCCUACAGCGGCUUUGCCUGCACGACCGGCUGUCAGUCCAACACCGGGGCCUGGUCAUCGCCUACAACCUGCUGGCGGCCGAUGCUGAGCUGGCCAAGAAGCUGGUGGAGAGUGAGCUCCUGGAGAUCCUGACUGUGGUGGGCAAACAGGAGCCAGAUGAGAAGAAGGCAGACGUGGUUCGGAUGGCCCGGGAAUGUCUCGUCAAGUGCAUGGAUUAUGGCUUCAUUAAACCAGUGUCUUAGACAGGGGCCCACAGGGCUGCUGAGACUGGUUCUGUACUGUGCAGGGUCCUGGACCGGCUACUCCCAGAGUAUCAGGUCAUCUAGGGAUCAAUGACAGUGACAAUGAAGUCUCAAUAUAAGGAAAGACUUGAUUGUUCCCUGAAUCUUCCCCUUUGUCCUGGCAAAGUUUGGAUGUUUCACUGGCUCUCUUGCUCCCUUUCUCCUUACAUUUGUCAUGUUCCAGAAAUUUCUAGAGUAAUUUUAAUUCAAGAUUAGACAGGUUGGAUAAUUAUUUCUGUAUCCAUUCCGAAGGCCAGGACAAUGGACUGAAGUUCUUUAUAUUUUGGAAAAUGGAUUGUAUGGUAAAAUAGGAACUAACAGGUAUUCAACUACAAAGGUUAAUGUGGUUGGAUUUGAGUGCUGAUCUGUGCUGGCUUUCAAACCUUCUCUCCCAUGCUGUUUGAAUUAGGCUGUUCAGAACUGCAUGUUUCACCUGCGGUGCUCUGUCCUGGUCCCAUGCCCACUCCCAUCACUCAACUGUGAUGGAAAUGCAGUGUGUGUUCAACACUGUAACAUGACCUUUGCAAUUUUCUUGGGAAAGUCUUCUGAGCAAGACAGACAUGAUGAUUAUAAAUGAGACCAACACAAAGUGCUUUAAACAAAAAAUAAAUAAUCCAUUGGUUCAUAUAUCUUGA